AUUUCCCUUGUCCAAAGCAGCAGGCGGAAGAGGUGUGCUUAACAUUUAACCUUUUUGUGAGGCAAUGUGAAAAUGGCGUUAUGAACGGAAACAUAAUCGUAGGCUACGGGCAAAUAAAGUUUUCAGAGCUCUUGUCCAGAUCUGGAAUUAUCAUUAACAUGCAUAUAAAUAAGGCACAGGAUGGGCAACACCAGCAGUGAAAGAAGCGGAGGGGAGAAGACUCACCGGCGGGAGAGCCGUAGUGGAAAAGAUGGAACUCGACCCAAAAUCCUGAUGGACAGUGCAGAGGAUGGAGACCUCUUCCAGUCAGAUGAUGCCAAGGAGUUUCUAGCCUGGCGACAAGAUCAGGAGUCGGAUAGCAAAACCCCGCUGGAGGAAAGGCCCACUGUGUUCCGAUGGAAAGGUCCAGGGAAAGAGAUCUACUUGUCUGGCUCCUUCAACAACUGGGCCACCAAAAUCCCCUUGAAUAAGAGUCAUAAUAAUUUCGUGGCCAUAAUUGACCUGCCAGAAGGAGAGCAUCAGUAUAAGUUCUAUGUGGACGGACACUGGACUUUAGACCCUAAAGAGCCUGUUGUGACCAAUAAGUCAGGAGUGGUGAAUAAUGUAAUUAAAGUGAGGAAAACAGACUUUGAGGUUUUUGAUGCACUGAAGACAGACUCUGAGAAAUGUGCUGACAUGUCAGACUUGUCCAGCUCUCCACCCGGCCCGUAUCAUCAGGAUCCCUACUCAACUAAAUCCGAGGACAAACUGCGCUCUCCACCUAUCCUGCCUCCACACCUGCUGCAGGUCCUCCUUAACAAAGACACUGGAAUCUCUUGUGACCCAACCCUACUGCCUGAACCAAACCAUGUGAUGCUCAACCACCUGUACGCCCUUUCUAUCAAGGAUGGUGUGAUGGUCCUUAGUGCGACACAUCGAUACAAAAAGAAGUACGUGACCACACUCCUGUACAAGCCUAUCUGAUGUCAGACCUCCUGUGGGACCACCAAAACAUUCAUCCAUCAAAAAAGGGACCAUACCUGCCAACCAUACUAAAACUUAUUUUUUUCUGUUUCUUCUGUUCCAUAAGCCAAUAUAUAUAUAUAAAUAUCAGUGUUUGCUAAAAAAAUGAUAUAAUGUGUUCGUCAAAUGUUAAAAAUGUAUUUCUUAUACAGCUUUCAGACAUUCAAAAUUGUACUUUCAAUAUUUGUACUUGGCUUUUCACUUUUGGAAUUUUUUCUUGAUUAUUCUAAGAACAUCUUUGAUGUCUUUUCUUUGCAGUCUUGAUUCCAGGGAUGUCACACAUAUAUAUAUAUUUGAUGUUUGUUGUGCCUGACUUUAUUUAACAUUCCCAACAAGUUGCGCUUGAUUUGAAAAUGUCUACAAAUAAAGUGGAGAAUCAUAAAAAUAACUGUUUAUAAAUCAACAUGCUAAUAAAGUAAACAGGAACACAUUUGUAAAAAGAAAAA